AUGGAUGCAGAUUUAUCAAAUUCCUCGACGGAGGCUGUCUCGCCUCACUUCCAUCCCCCAAAACGAACACUGCCACCAUCCGAGACCCAGACAAGCAGAAAGAAGCCAGUCCUCAUGCAGCGGCCUCAAAGCUCCGGAAUCGACGUGACAGGGUUUUCGUUUGCUAGACCGGCAAAUCAACCCAAGGGAUUUACCCUCAAGCCCAUGCCCCGAUUGGCUCCUCAUGCUCCCCGCGAGGAUGUUGGCGCGGUGGAAUCGCAGAAGCAUUUGGCAAGACCAGGGAAAGAAGCUCCAUCCAAGUCAAUUGUCGGUCCAGAGCAGCGGAGCAUUGAGCAAUAUCUUGCCGAGGAUCAACCUCAAACUGCAAAGAUCCCUUGGAAGGAUUCAACUCUCCCGAGCGCCGAGAUCACAAGCAGAGAAGAUCAGGAAACUGUGAACUCGGCGGAUGGACAGGUCGUCAUAGACCUGGAACCGGAAAGUGACACUGUUCUAACGACACGGGCGACCGUCAACAGCAGUAUACCAGCCACUGUUUCCCGGGCGACCGCAUCUCAAGAUCGAGACCGAAAUGUAUCAGUUAUCCAGAAUCCUCAUCUUCCACGAGUCUCGACUCGACCAAAGGAUACCCUCCGAGUUUCUAAGCCUCGGCGCAAGAACCGCAAGGCUGCUCUCACCCGACAGCAGAGGUCAAUUUCCAGUACCAGAUCAGGUCUUCAUCAACUUACUGAAGAUACCUUGUUCGAGAUGCUCAUUGACAAGAUCAGACAGCGCGAGGAGAAUGAGAUUGCAGCUGCCAGCAUUCAGCGCCGGUUGGAGGUACAAAACUUGGAGCUGAAAGAGGAGAACCAAGAUAUUCGCCAUCAACUUGAAAUAAGCGACUUGCAGUCGGUGAAAAAGGACGCAGAGAUCAAAAAGCAUCAGGCUCAAAUGGAAGACUGGAAAGUGAAAAUCCGCCGGUUCAAACAGGUUGUCGAUGAGUUGGGACACGAUCAUGAUGCUCUCAAAGAAGAGAACGAGCGAUUUAAGGCAACUGCGGAAAUCUUGGAAAAGGAGAAGAGCGAACUCUUCCAAGCCAUUGACGAUGCCAAGCUCCAGAUCACUAAAGCAGAAGGGACCGCAGAUGGGCAGCGCAAGGAGAUCGCCGAGAAAGAACAGCGCAUUAGUCUGCUAGAGCAGGCUUUGACGAUGGCUCAAGACCAAGAAGAGACCACCAAAGCAGAGUUGAUUAAUGAACGAAAACGCGGUACCACACUGGAGUCGUAUAUCCAAAAUUACGCUUUGACUCAAACAAAGCAGAUUGGUCUAAUCAGGGAUGAUCAGGCAAAGCUCAUGCAAGAGUUCAAUGCAGGACUCGAUACCGCUGCCGCCAAUACGACCACUUUCAAGAACGACAUUAUGUCCGAACUAAAGAUAAUAUUUUGCCAGUGUCGCGAUGCCAUCCAGGUCUUGAAUGAAAAGUAUUCCGAGGAAAAGCUGGAGGUCCAAGAGUUCAAAGAUAGCACCCGAGAUCUGAUUUCCCAGAUCGAAAACCUGGCAACAGGGCUCACAAAGAGUGUCGAGACCAGCAACAGGGUCAAUUUCGGCGUAUCAAAAACCAUUCAAGACAAUUUGAAUUCCAUUGAGACUCAUCUUGGUACCGAUUCGGCCCUUUUCCAGCAGCUCGCCGAGUGUAGUGCCUCACAUGGAUGGCUAAAAGAUAAGCUGGGGACUGUCGAGCCGACAUUGGACAAUCUCAGUGCUUCGGUGAAAGUCAUGCUGGAUUCUGGGGGCAAUCUUGUUCAACAAUUCGGCGACUUUGGCAACAAGCUAGAGCAAGCUCAAGUUCCAAAGGGCAAUCCAGAACUGGAGAGACUGCUAACAGAGAAGUUCGCUGAAAAUACGCAGCUUCAACUUGAACUCCAGAAGGUGACAACGGAGAUUGACAGUCUCAAGCAGCUGGCAAGCAAGAAGGACGCAAAGAUCGAAAAUUUGCAACAAUCUCUGGCCUCGGCAAGACGAAACUUCAAGGAUACAGAGGAUCGAAAUCAGGUGUUGGAAAUCGAGAAGAUGGCUUUGAAAGGGGAAAUGGAGUUGAUGGAUCAGAGAAUCCGUCACGAAUUGGCCACCGAGCAUGCCACCUUCGGAAACCAGAUGAAAGUACAAUACGAAGAACGGUUGCACACUCUUCAGGCAGAGAAGGAUGAACUUGAAAAGACUGCCAAGGUCGUAAUGACUCAGAUGCACGGUGUUCAGGACUCUUUGAUUGAGGCAAAGCGAGUAGUUGAUGACAUGAGAACACAGCGGGACUCACAGGCCCAAGAGACAGAGCAACGGAUUCGAGAGCUCACCCAAUCUUGCUCCGAGCAUAUGACGCGAGUAGAUGCACAGACUCUGGAGAUCCAAAAACAUCAGGAAUCUGAGGCCGCUUCGUGUCUGGAAAGAAAUGGGCUUCAGGAGCAACUGCGGCAGGCCCAAGAAAAGAUUCACGAACUCGAGCAAACAUAUAUCAUUCAAUCUAUAGAGAAAGAAGAGUCCCGAGUACCUCCAGCCAACAUUGUUCCUUUCUCAGCUCUCGAAAAUCGGCUUUCGCCUUCGCGAGCCACCUCGCCAUAUGGAGACCCAGCGGACUUUGCCAUGCUCUUCAUGUCGGAUGAGCUUUUGCUUUCAACGCCACAUCACAAGGGCAAGACGGACAAGGAGUCCCCAGUGCCUCAACUGGAAGCUGUUCAAGACAGCCAAAAGCCACUCGAAAUGACAGAUCCCGCGAAGAUAUUCGAUAUUCCCAAGGACAUGGAUCCGCCCGCCCCGCGAGCCAACACGAAGCGCAAGGCAGUGAAUUUUGCGACACAACGAACACAGAGCGCGGAGAGUCGGAAAAAGGGUGUCAUCACUCGUGUUCACUCCAACGAGGUCCAGAGUUCGAUACAGGCCGUCAAAGAACCGGAGGAGCGACCUGCCAAAGUCACAAAGCAUAUUAACAAAUGGACUUAUAGUCGUAUUCAUGCUUCGGGGAUCGAGGUUCAACAGGAGGAAUCCACAGUCCCUGCUCGUGCCACAAAGGGGGUGCAGCGAGCUAGUCCGAAGGGCCUUGUCUCAGCUAGCAGCGCCAGCGAAGCAACAGGCCGACCCAAUACCCGGGGUCGCGGCAAGCGGCGUUCGCAAGGAGACCGGUACAAUGCCCGAUUCAGCCAGGAAGGCUAA